AGGCUCAGGCUGCGCGCGGCCGCCCUGGGGCGGGCCUCUUUGGCGGCGCCCGCCCUUAGACCCAGGCCGGCAGGCUGGGCGCGCCCCCGAUGGCGAGGACAGAACAGGCUGCUGCGCGAGAUGCGCGACAUGGAGAAGAGCCCCGACCCGGAAAGGGGGGGGGGGAUAUCUCGAUCGAGAUGCAGAACGACACCAUCGAGAAUUGGUCUGCAGUGAUUCGUGGGCCCAAGGACUCGCCCUUCGAGGGGGGGAAGUUCGAGCUGCGCCUACAGUGCUCCGUCAACUAUCCGAUGUCGCCGCCUUCGGAGGGGAGGGCGUGGUUCGUUACGAAGGUAUUCCACCCGAACGUGAGCUACCCCGCGGGCGAGAUAUGCCUGGACAUCCUCAAGAGCCAGUGGAGCCCCGCGUGGACGCUCCAGUACGUGUGCAGAGCUAUAGCGAUGAUGUCCGACCCGAACGCGGACAGCCCGCUGAACUGCGACGCGGGCAACCUCGUCCGCAGGAUGGCGACGCGAGAGGCUACCGCUCCAUGGCCAGGAUGUACACAGUCGAGUACGCCAUGCAGGAGACGAGGAGGGACGAUGAGCUCUCCGGGGCGCAGCGCCACCGACCGUGGGCGCACCGCACCUGCAGCGCGCAGCCCGUGCCGCGAGUGAGGAGCUGCCCCCCCCCCCGCACGCCGGGCGGCCCGGCUGCCCUGGCACGCCCGACGGCGGUCGAGCAACGGCGGGGCGCGCCGGAGCACCGCGAGGCACCAGGCAGGACAAGGGGAAGGCGCCGAGGCGCGAGGCGGCCAGCUGGGCCGGGAGGGCGAGGGAGCCCCCCCGAGGCCGUGGAAGGCUGCCCCCCGAAGCGCAAGACGUGCCGUGUCCAGCUCGCCGCUCACGCGCGCAUCGGCCCACGCCUUGGCGAACGUGUCGCGCCAGGCCUAUAAGCUUCCAGUCCACGGGUGCGGAAGCACGUUGGGCUAGUUACUUCCAUUUCGCAGGUGUGCGUAGUUUUUCCGCGCCGCCGCGCGUCCUGCUUGUCCCGGAUGGGUCCCAGAGAGGACCCCCGAGGUACCGUGUGCAUAGAGUCACGCUGCAUCGGAGGAGUGGG